GGCAAUAGCGAGAGUGAUAACAAAAGUAAUAAUAAGGGUGACAACAAAGGUGAUAAUAAGGGCAAUGGCGAGAGUGAAAGCAAAACUAAUAAUAAGAGUGAUAACAAAAGUGAUAAAAAGAAUGAUAGCGAGAAUAAUAACCAGAGUAACAAGGAUGAUAACAAUAACAUGGAUAAAGUUGGAGAUAAAAGUGAUAAAAGCAGUGUUAGCAAUACAGACGAUGAUAAUAGAAAUAACGAUUGCAACACGAAUGGAUACAAUAGAACAAAUAGUGGUGAACAUGAUAACGAUAACAUGGACAAUGGUGUAGAUAAAAAUGAAGAUAAUAAAGAAUCAUCUCCUGCGAACUAUUUCAUCUUGAUCAAUGAGAAUCCUCCAUCCUUUAAUAACAGUGACGAAAAUCAUUCGUUCAGUUCUAAUCAGGAUUCUGCAUUGGGAUCCCAAAAUGAUAAUAUUUACGAAAAUAACCAAAGCAACUACAACGAUCUUAACACAUACCAACUACCCACGAGUGGUUUUAUUAUCCCCUUUGCUAAUGGUGAUGAAAAUUACUCUUUCAGUUCCAAUCAAGAUUCUGCACUGGCAUCCCAAAACAAUAUUAUUAAUGGAAAUAACCAGAAAGACUGCAAUGAUUUUAAAACAUAUCAACCUCCUGCCAAUGAUUUUAUUAUCUUAACCAAUGAUCAUGAUCAAACUGCUUCUGAUAGCUAUUUUUCUUUUACUGAACCUUCAUUCCAAAACGAUCGUAUUUAUCAAAGCAAUACUAACUAUGGCUAUAAUUCUUACUCGAUUAUGGAUGGCGUUACUACAUCUUCAUUUG